GUGUGCAUGGAUAUGCAUAUCCAAAGUGCUCCAAAAAAAUCCUGGGCGCAUGACUGCCGCGGCACUGCAAGUGGUCACCCUAUUUCUCCGUCCAACAUCCACAUCAGACUCGAGUAAACAUGGUCAAGUCAUACUUUCUCCACGGUGGCACAGAAGUUUUUGGACUCAUCGCGUCCAACACGUCCAACGCACUCUUUGACGGCAAGAGAGCAUUUGUCCCCGCCUUGGAAGAUGUUUAUGUUUGGGAUGUCAAAAGAGGGGAACUAACAGGAAUGUGGCAUGCCACUGGCCAUUAUCAUCCAGUCACAUCCAUCGCCCGCUCUCCUUCUGACCCUGACAAGUUUGCGGUCGGAUAUCAAGAUGGCUCCGUCCGAAUUUGGUCAUCUCAAUCUAAAACAGAAACUUCAGUUUUCGAAGGCCAUCGAAGAGCGAUUUCUUGCUUGGAAUGGGACAAAGAUGGGGCUCGUUUGGCCAGUGGGGCUGUCGAUGGUGAAGUCAUCAUGUGGGAUGUAGCGGGAGAGAGUGGUCUUUUCAAACUGAGAGGGCACAAUAAUCGCAUCACUGGAUUAGUGUUUGUUUCGGGCUCAACUCCGGUUUCCGACCCAUCAUCCUCAACUGCACUGCCACCCCCUUCUACUCACUUACUGAGCACUUCUCAGGAUACAUAUCUCAAGCUGUGGGACCUCCAAACCCAACAUACUGUCGAAUCCGUAGUCGCUCAUCGCACUGAAAGCUGGUCUGUGACAGUUAUUCCACCAUCCAUUCGAAGCGAUGGUCAAGAUCCGGAUGAUAGUGAAGAAGACGCUAUGUUUCUAUUGAUAACAACCGGAGGAGACGGUGAAGCCAAGCUCUGGACAUUAUCAUCAACCAUUCUCAUCAAUGGUCCUCAACGAGCUAGCGACGGUCAAGGUUUCAGGCGAGCGAUCGUUCACGUCGGAAAUUUAGCUCUAAACACCUCAGGCGCGCAUGGAAAACGUGUCUCAGGCGCUAUCGCUCAUCAUUACACUCUAAGAGGAGGAAUAAGUGGGAUUGCCAUAGCUUUUCAAGUUGGUGAUCGGUCAGUCGAAGUUUGGCGAAUUCGCAGUGUCGAAGAAGUCAAGAAGAAACAGGCCCGUCGCAAAAAGAAAGAAGCAUCCAAGAGUCGGAAAUCGGACGAAAAGAAAGACGUAGCUGAAGCAGAACAAUCAGUAACUUGGUUAGACCGCCUGUGUCCCUGGAUCAUGUUACGAGGAUCCGGAAAAAUUUCUUCCUUUGCUUUCCCCCCGACAUCGAAUCUUGCAUUAUUUGCUUCCGCGGAUCGACCUACAGAAUUGCAAAUACUUCUUGCUCUGUCCAACAAUUCCGUCGAAAUAAUGUCGAUUCCCAGGCCAACUACUUCUGCCAAAUGGGCAUCUCUGGAGGCUGAAAAUUUGUACAAAGUCGCCAUGCCAGGUCACAGGACUGACGUCCGGACUGUCAGUUUGUCCUUUGAUGACCAGCUCCUAGCCAGCGGAAGCAAUGGUUCGUUGAAAGUUUGGAAUUUGAAAACUCAAAAAUGUAUCCGCACCAUGGAAUGUGGAUAUGCUCUUUGUAGUACUUGGCUUCCUGGUAACAAGCAUGUUUUGGUGGGGACAAAGGGUGGUCAGUUGAUGCUCUAUGAGCUCAGUUCAUGUGCUCUGCUACAGACUUGCGAUGCACAUACAGGCGCAAUUUGGUCCAUUGAUCUUCGACCAGAUGGAAAAGGCUUCGUCACGGGUGGUGCCGACAAAUGUGUCAAGUUCUGGAACUUUGCAACCAAAAAGACCCUUAUCGACCCAACCACUUCAGAGACGGAUUCGUUCAACCAAAAAACACUAUCCCUCUCAAUGUCACAUUCCAAAACGAUGAAGAUGUCGGAUGAUGUACUUGGUGUUCGAUAUAGCCCAGAUUUCAAGUUCUUGGCCGUGUCAACUUUGGAUGCUACUGUCAAGAUCUUUUUUCAAGACAGUCUGAAAUUCUUCCUAUCCCUAUAUGGGCACAAACUUCCGGUAUUAGACAUGGAUAUUUCGUUUGAUUCGAAACUCGUAGUCACCUGCUCGGCCGACAAAAAUGUCAAGAUUUGGGGUCUCGAUUUCGGAGAUUGCCAUAAGUCAAUUUUCGCUCAUGAAGAAAGUGUCAUGCGUGUAGCGUUCGAGAGUGGUUCACACUACUUUUGGACCGUAGGCCGGGAUAAACUGGUGAAGUAUUGGGAUGGUGACAAGUUCGAAAACAUUCAAACCCUCAGUGGUCACCAUAAGGAAGUUUCUUCGCUUGCAGUCAGUCACAACGCCAAAUUCCUUGUGACGGGCUCGUUUGAUAAAUCGAUUCGAGUUUGGGAAAAGACGGACGAGCCGCUCUUUCUCGAAGAAGAACGCGAAAAAGAGCUAGAGAGGUUGUAUAACCAGGAAGAAAACGAGCAGGCUGAUCUGAUGGCAAUGCGACAACAGAAGCUGAAGGAAAGUGGAAAGGAAGGCGAAGUUGAAGAAGCCGGUGCGGUAUUGAAGCAGACAGCCGAGACCCAGAUGUCGGGUGAGAAAAUAAUCGAGGCGCUUAAUCUUGCAGCGGAAGAUUUGGAUGCGUUCGCAAAUUACCAAGCAACCAUAGCCUCCAUGAAAGAUCAAGCAAUGGCCAAAAAGUUGGCCCCUCCGGCUCGAAGCCCCAUUUUCGCGGCGUUCAACAACAUUUCUGCCCAUGCGUAUGUACUGAAAGUAGUGGAGAGAGUGCCACGACCGGCACUCGAAGACGCACUACUAGUCUUACCUUUUGCUCAAGUGACAAUGCUUCUCACGCAUAUAGACAAUUGGAUCAUGAAGGGUUGGUCUAUCCCUCUAGUUUGUCGGAUUCUGUUCUUCAUACUACGGACGCACGAAUCACAGAUCACUGCGACCAAUAGCUUGAAAACCUCGAUCAACUCGAUCCAGAAGAAGCUGUCGAACCGCUUAACCAAACAAAGAGAGAUGGUUGGCUAUAAUGUAGAGGCGAUCAAGUUCUUGAACCAGACUCUAGAAAUCGAGCAUCAAGGAAAGCGGUUCUAUGAUGAUACCGACCUCAAGCCAGUAGAUGAGAUUCGGGGAAUGAUCGGAAAUACCCAGAAACGACGCAAAGUAGUCAUUUAGAUUUAUCCCGCCAGAUUGCUAUAUCUCUGCUCUAACAUCUCCUUUACCAGUCCUCCUCCGAAGUAAAAAUAGAAAUCUAAUAAGCAGCCCUUGUUGACACCUCCUUUAUCACGAUUCACCUUGCUUUUGAGCGGAUCUGUCAGCCAUAAAUACCAUUUUUACCCCAGCAGUUGCAAGUCUAAAUGAGUUGUCAUACACAUCAAAAUACCAACCUAUAUGGUUUCUUCCGUUAUCUUGACAUAGC